AUGGCAUCGGUCAAAACUCAGUUUGAGGAUCACACCUUUAAUGAUACUAUAACAGGGACGCCUACUACUACUAGAACGACAACAGAUUCGGCGUCCCAAACACCCACUCCGGCUAAUGUCGACAAGGUCGUUCAAUCAGUGACCAACGCCACCAAGAGAUUGUCACAGAUAUCCACCAUCACCAACAAUUCCAACAAAAAGAGGAAAUCUCAAAAUAAGAUUGGUCCUUGGAAAUUAGGAAGGACUUUAGGUCGUGGUUCGACUGGAAGAGUCAGAUUGGCAAAAAAUAUAAACACUGGCAAAUUAGCUGCUGUUAAGAUUGUACCUAAGUCUAAUUUUAAGAAGUUGGAAAACCCCAAGUAUAAACGAAACCAAGAUGAUCAGGAUUCUGGUUUACCCUAUGGAAUCGAGCGAGAAAUCAUCAUCAUGAAAUUAAUAUCUCACCCAAACAUCAUGGGAUUAUAUGACGUUUGGGAAAACAAGAACGAUUUGUAUUUAAUCUUGGAAUAUAUCGAGGGUGGUGAAUUGUUUGACUAUUUAAUCAAACGUGGUAAGUUGCAAGAAUUUGAAGCGAUCAAUUAUUUCAAACAAAUCAUAAAUGGUAUCAACUAUUUACAUCAAUUUAAUAUUUGUCAUCGAGACUUGAAGCCAGAGAAUUUAUUAUUGGAUUUCAAUAAAAACAUCAAGAUUGCUGAUUUUGGAAUGGCAGCUUUGGAAAUCAAGGAGAAAUUGUUAGAAACCUCAUGUGGUUCUCCUCAUUAUGCAUCUCCAGAAAUUGUUGCCGGUAAGAAUUAUCACGGCGCUCCUUCUGAUAUUUGGUCUUGUGGUAUUAUAUUGUUUGCUCUUUUGACUGGACAUUUACCUUUUGACGAUGAGAAUAUUCGUAAAUUAUUGUUGAAGGUUCAAAGUGGGAAGUUCAACAUGCCUCAUGAUUUAAGUUGGGAAGCAAAAGAUUUAAUAUCCAAGAUGUUAAAAGUUAAUCCUAAAGACAGAAUCUCAAUUGAGGAUAUCUUACUCCAUCCACUCUUGACAAAAUAUCCUGAUCCUCCAACGCCUUCCUCGGUAACUGGCACAACUUUAGAUUUAAAGAAUAUGAAUAUCAAUCCGAUUGAAUCUAUAGAUAAAAUUGAUCAGGAAAUCUUGAAGAACUUAUCAACAUUGUUUCACAAUUGUAAUGAACAAACAAUAAUAUCAAGGUUGAUGUCACCAAACAAGUGCUCGGAAAAGAUGUUUUAUUAUCUUUUGAUGAAGUAUAGAAAUGAACAUUUGUCAACGUCCAGCUCCAUGGACAUCAGUGAUGAAGCCACUGAUGUUGGCUCUGCAAGAAAUUCCUUACCUAGAUCCACUUCAGUAAUCAAAACUACCGUUGUUGACGAUGCUACUGGUGAAGUCCAGACACAUACCAUGGUGAAGAAAGUCGAGAAUUCUACCUCAAUCUAUUCCAAUAAGUCAUUAUUGAACAAAAAGACGUUGUUGGAUAAUGUCAAUCAUAAACAACACCCAGCUUCGAAUUCUGUAAAUAAGAAGAAGGUGGUUCAUAAUAAUCAAGUCAUAUAUUCCAAAUCCAGAAACGCCUCAUCUAGAUCUUUGAGAUCCAAUAAGUCUACCAGCUCAACCAAAAACUCACAACCAUCACCUUCAUCUUCGGAAAGUGGAGGAAGGGUGCUGACUCCGAUGGUGAAACUUCCUAUGCAACUGCCACCUAAUGUUCCUUUACCAACCACUCCUGUUCGAGGACCAAACAAGCAAAUAAUCAAACCAACCACCAUUGAAACCACAAUAAGAACUCAAAAUGAUAAGGAUUCUAUGAGGCGUAGACUUACUGGAACUUUUGGCAAUAAAUCAUUGUUGAAUUUUGAAUUGAUUUGCGAAGAAGUAUUCUCCGGUGAUGAUAAUAAGGAAAAUAUGACCCCAGCUUUAUCGACGAAAACGGCAACACCUCCACCAAAAAAACAAGCAGCAAACUACAAGGAGCGGGAAAGCUCUUUGGCUCGCCGAGAACGUGAAUUGGCUGAAAGAGUUAGAUCUCAGAACGAAGCGAGAGAACAACGAUUGAAGCAAGCAGAAGAGACAGAGAGAAAGUUACAAGCACAACAAGAGAAAAGAAGAUCACUAGCUAGUAUUGCUGAAGAACAACUCGUUGAAAAGCAACGAGCUGUUUUCAAUAGACUACUCAAUCGUCAAAGCACGAAUGAUUUUGCUAAUUUGGUUGGCGAUCGCCGUUCAGUUACUGAACCCCCUGUACACCUGUUGGAUCCUAAAGUUAGUUCGUUGUUACGGGCAAGAACGCUUGCUACUCCAGUCCCAAGAAAAUUUGAAGCUACUGGGAGUGAAAGUCCUACUAAGAAAGUGUUGAAUAAAUUAGGAAUUGAACUUGAUGUUACUGAAUCACCUGCUUCUAAUCGAUUCAAAAAGACUGGAAGUUCUAGAAACUUAACGGGAAUUUUGAAACCACGAGAUUCCAAUUUACCUUCUCGAGUUCCAUCAAAAGGUUCACUUUUGAAAGUAUCCACUUCCAGAAACUUGGCUGGUUAUUUGAAAUCUGAAGCAAAUGAAGAAGAGCCUGAUGAAAUAGCUAACAUAAAGAUGACUGAACAUUCCAACUUAAGUCAAACAUCUUUUUAUAAGUCUUUGGAUGACAAGAGGAAGAGCAGCACAGUACCUAUUGUGGAAGAAGAAGGCGAGGAAGAAGAUGUUAUUUCUUAUUCACAAAUUCCUGAAACUUCUUUGCCAAACCCUAGAUUUUCCACAUUCUCCUUUGGUGGGUUGUUGUUAUCAAAGCCUCAAACAGCUACCAAUGAAGAAGGUGAUUUGACAAUCAUGCAAAAUACCUUAAGCUCUGGUGGCACAGUAGUCAGAAGGUCGAUUUAUAAGAAUUCAUCUAUUAGAAAAUCAUCAACUAUCCUCGGGUUAGGCAUCAAGGUUCGUGACCAAGAACAACCUGAACAACAACAACAACAAUCACAAAUCAACCAAAAGCAAGUGAAUGUUUCAUCUUCUUCAGAAGAGUCCAAGAAUACUAGAAGAUAUUCAAAUGACGAUGCAGAUGACGAAUUAUUAUCUGAUUCAAGUACUGUUGAUACAGAAUUCUCCAUAGAAGAGUCAGCAUCAAAGCAGCCUCCACCUCAAGUUAUCCCUCGAUUUGAUUCUGGUCAUAGUAUUGUUAAUUCCAAGGAAACUUUGAUCUUGAAGAAACAUGACUCCGACACUGGAAUGCAUGAAGAUACUACCAUUCGUUUGUAUGAAAGCUAUGAAGAUCUUACUGAUAAGAACUCUUCUUUUGUUGCAGCAAAUACUACUGGAUUUGACCGCAAUUUUUCAGUUCCUGAAGUUACUGGAAUCAUUGAUGAGCUGGUUGUGGAUGAUACUGCUUUCAAUGAUAAUGAAAGUGGUUUGUUGAAUGCAAGACUCUCUACUGGUAUUUUCAGCACAAGUGGUAUUCCUAGAAGUCCAAGAGUUGAGUUAUCAGAGAGAUAUGUUCAAGAAGAAGAAGAAGAAGACGAUGAUUAUGUUGAUGAUGAAGAGGAGGACUGUGAUGAUGACAAUGAACUUGAACCGGUGAACACGUUCCAACAACGAGAAGAGAAGCGGAUGUCUGUCCAAGCUGAAGAAUCUAGUAAGCAAACUAAGAGAGUUUCAAUUAGCGAAAAGAAAGAAUUCAUUUCAAGCACAUCUUUGCAGCAGUAUGACACAAUAGUCCCAACUACUUCUCCCGGUGUUAUGAUCAGAGAAGAGCUGCCACUGCGAGUUCCUAGAUAUAAGAGAAUGUCAUUAUAUCCAAAAAGAGCAGCUCCUAAACCACCAGUAUCAGAGGAAACUACCACCAAGUCUAAUAGAUUCUCGUGGAUUUCUGUCAAUACCGAAGAGAAGACAAAGAGCAAUUGGUUUAAGAGAUUCUUCCAAUCUUUAACUGGUGGAUCAAAGAAGAUUGAAAGCACACCUAAACACGCUCCUAAAGAUAUUGAGGUUGUCGAUUCUUCACUCUCAUCAGAUGAAUUGAUGCAAGUCAUUAAAAAUCAAUUAGAAUUAAAGAAAUUAGAAGGAUCAAUUUCCACGGUUACUAUUGAUGAAGAGUUUGGAAUGAUUUCUGGAGUUAUACCCGCAAAGUAUUCCAGUGGCAGGAAAUUGAAAUUCACUAUUGAAGUUAUUACUUUUGCUCAAAGUUCCAGUUUACAUAUUAUUAAAAUUAAGGGUAAUGACAAGGGAUUCCAAAAUUUUGUUAAUAUUGUCACGUUCGUCAUUAGACAAGAAGAAUUCAUGAAUAGAAAGAGAAUGUCCAGUCGAGGUACCACGGCCACUAGAACCAGUGGUAGAUCAGCUGCAAAUAAUAGAAACUUAAUUACUGUCAGAGAAUAA